GGUCAUAACAGAGUGAAGAAACGUAGCGAGGAAUGUAUUUGUGAGGCCAAAUCGAUGAAAGAAGCGCAACAGCAAGCACACGAAGGGUCGCAAAUCAGUUCGGAUCGGUUUCGCAAAUAACUUGGUGGUUCCAGACCAAAGAGGGUGGUGAUGCGAUUGCUCGGUGUUUUCGUGGUUGUAUUGCUCACUAUUGGAGAUGCAGCAUUCGGUUCUCCAAUACUGGAAUGGGCGAAAAAGGAUGGUGAUAGUUUGCUAGGGAAAGUGUCGAAUAUUAAGAGUGCCGUCUACGAGCGAAAGCGUGAGUUUCUGAAUGGUGUCAACGAGCGUGUGUCGAAGCUUCUCUGGAUUCCUCCGCUGUCUUCAACCACCACAACUACGACCGAGUCUGUGCCAAUGGUGGAUCCGAUAGAGUCCACCACAGGACAGCAACCGAGCCUCUGGUGGUGGCAAACGACACCAAAACCCUUGAUCAGCUCUACGGUACCGUCAACGAUUGGAAGCACGCCCAGUGCUCCGCUUGUUGUGUUGCAGGAUGAUACCGAUCGUCUGGUGUUUACCGUGGCCGAUACGGACGAACUGGAGCUACCGAAUGUGUUCAUGUAUGCGCGCAGCAGCUUCAUCCCCGCAGAUCAACGCCUCACGGAUUCGAUCGAGUUCGUGGAGCCCCAGAUACACGGACGUGGUCCAGCUGCUCUGCCAUCGACGACACCACGCCAUCGAACGGAUCGUCUGAUUGUGUUUUAACAAACGUACAAAGCGUAAUAAACUAAACACUUUCGCCUUUA